AUCCGGAGGAGGAGGAGUGGCCGGAAGAGCUUGAGGCCUGCGCUGGUGACCCAGAGCGGCCAACUAAAAUGACCCUGUCUCCGUAGUAUUUGGGCAGGAUGGACCGUAGAGCGUAAGACAUUAAAAAAAAAAAAAAAAAAAAAAAAAGAACGAAGAAAGAAACCCUGGAAGUCCUGAUGCGGCACGUUUUUUUGCCAGAAGGUGAAAGAAGAAAUCGGAAGUGACGUCGUGGCCAAAACAAGCCCGAUCUUGGGGGCCUGUGCUCAAUCUGUGACCGCAGAUGGAAAGGCCCGACUCGCUCUCUGCUGUCAAAGGUGGUCGCAAGGUUCUGCGCGCCCACUCGGUCGGCCUCUUGCCCUUGUCCCCGGGAUCCGCUCACCACGGGUGAGCGAGUUUCAGCCUGGGAUUUUUCCGGCACAGCUAGCCGGUGGCGACAGAGCGGACUUCCCUCCUUACAAGCGUCUCCCCUCCAGCGGGCUCCUGUCCUGGGACGCCGAGACACCUGUCGCCAAUUUUUUAAUAUCCAGAUUCCAAGAGUACACUGGAUACUGCUCUAUAAAACCAAGAGGAAGUCAUGAAGAAAUGUUUUAAUUGAGUCUACAGUGAAAAUUAUGGCUACAUCAGCAAAUCUGGAUAUUGGAGCCCAACUGAUAGUGGAAGAGUGUCCCAGCAGUUAUAGUCUAACUGGCAUGCCAGACGUUAAAAUAGAACAUCCACUGGACCCAAAUUCAGAAGAAGGAUCAGCUCAGGGUGUUGCCAUGGGAAUGAAAUUCAUAUUGCCUAACCGAUUCGAUAUGAAUGUGUGUUCUCGAUUUGUGAAGUCCUUAAAUGAAGAGGAUAGUAAAAACAUUCAAGAUCAGGUUAACUCUGACCUGGAGGUGGCAUCUGUCCUAUUUAAAGCUGAAUGCAAUAUCCAUACAUCUCCUUCUCCGGGAAUUCAAGUAAGGCAUGUCUACACCCCCUCUACAACAAAACAUUUCUCACCCAUAAAACAGUCAACUACUUUAACCAACAAACACAGAGGAAAUGAGGUCUCUACCACACCUCUAUUAGCAAAUUCUUUGUCUGUUCACCAGUUGGCUGCUCAGGGAGAGAUGCUCUACCUGGCUACUCGUAUUGAACAAGAAAAUGUUAUCAAUCACACGGAUGAAGAAGGAUUUACUCCUCUGAUGUGGGCUGCAGCACACGGGCAAAUAGCUGUGGUAGAGUUUCUACUUCAGAAUGGUGCUGAUCCCCAACUUUUAGGAAAAGGUCGAGAAAGUGCACUGUCAUUGGCCUGUAGUAAAGGUUAUACAGAUAUUGUCAAAAUGCUGCUUGAUUGUGGAGUUGAUGUGAAUGAAUAUGACUGGAAUGGAGGGACACCUUUGCUUUAUGCUGUACAUGGAAAUCAUGUGAAAUGUGUAAAGAUGCUCUUAGAAAAUGGAGCUGACCCAACAAUUGAAACCGACUCUGGAUAUAAUUCUAUGGAUUUAGCUGUAGCUCUGGGCUACAGAAGUGGAUCUUGGGACAAGAAGUGUGCUGCCGUAAAAGUACGUCUGGACUGAAGGAAAUCUUUGGAAUCUUGGAAUCCAUAAAUUCUGACUCAGUCUACUGGUACAGUUGAAAGGUGUUUAAGCGAUGUCAGCCAAGAAUCCUGUACCCAAGAGUCUAUUAUUUUAGUACCAGUGGUCAAGAAUAGAUGAUACUCUAGCUCUCUUUUCUACAACGCUUUCUACAAGGCUCUGACACUUAGAGGCUUUAAGCUUAGAGGAGAAUCUUCAGACAAGCAUCUGAUAAAAGCAGAAAUGAUAAUGAAACUGAAUGACUGUCAUUAGUGAAAGGAGGAAAGUAAAAUUCUCUAUUGUGGAACUCUACAUAAUUAUUUCAUAAAAAAUUGACCAAUAUUUCCCCCGAGGGUAAGAACAAAUCUCCAGGGCCUUUCCAUAAAAUGUACAAUAUCUUAAAUAUUUAUAAUAGCAUUUUACCCAUACAAACUUAAC